AUGGAUUCAAAACGAAAGUUUUCAAGCAGUCAAGGGCCUCCUCAAAAAUUCAUGAAAAAGAAAGUAAAUGAUGAUGAUGAAGAGUAUGAAAGAAGUAACUUUGAAGAGGAAUUGGCUCUCAUGGAUGAGUUAGAAGAAGAAUUUCAGGCCGAGUCACUAGAACUGCAAGAUUCUACUGGUGAUGCCCCUUGUUCUCAGCCAUCUAAUUCCAAGUGGUCACGUCCUGCUCCCCCUUCUUUAAACCCUAGUCAAGAUGGUAUUGUUUUUCAACAAAUAGAUAUAGAUUACUAUGUUGGGCAACCCGUUCCUGGAAUGACUCGCUGUACUUCAAGCCCUGUGCCAAUAAUGAGAAUUUUUGGUGUUUCUAAAGCUGGGAAUAGCAUUAUGUGCCAUGUGCAUGGGUUUUUCCCAUUUUUCUUUGUUCCUGCUCCCACAAAUUUCGAGUCGUCUGAUUGUGUCAUGUUUAAGGAAAUUCUGAAUCAACUAAUACUUGCUGAUAUGAAAUCCAACAAAGAAAAUAUCAGCAAUGCUGUUCUUUCAGUUGAAAUAGUUAAAAAAGAAAGUAUUUAUGGAUAUACAAAUACUGGGAAAAUUCCUUUCCUAAAGAUCACUUUACUGUUACCCAAGUUCCUGCCAGCUGCAAAGCGCUUGUUAGAAAGUCCUGUUAAAUUUGGUCGCUUUGGUAUGCUUAAUUUUUCUGCAUAUGAAACCAACAUUGAUUUUGAAAUCAAAUUUAUGGUUGAUACAAAAUUAGUUGGGUGCAAUUGGAUUGAAAUACCUGCUGGUAAAUAUCGCCUAUUAUCUGGCAGCUCGAGAAGUGCAAUUUCUCGAUGCCAGAUUGAGCUGGAUGUUGCAUGGAAUGAUUUCAUAUCACACGAGCCAGAAGGAGAGUGGUCGGCAAUUGCUCCAUUAAGAAUUUUAAGUUUUGAUAUUGAGUGUGCUGGCAGGAAAGGUAUUUUUCCGGAGCCUGACAAGGAUCCUGUGAUUCAAAUAGCUAACAUGGUGGUUCGUCAAGGAGAGAAAGAUCCCUUCAUUCGCAAUGUUUUUACUCUGAAAUCUUGUGCACCCAUUAUUGGUUCACAUGUUUUGUCAUAUCAACAAGAAAAAGAACUUCUUUCUAAAUGGGCCGAGUUCGUCAGAGACGUUGAUCCAGAUAUUAUCACAGGAUAUAAUAUUCAGAACUUUGAUCUUCCAUAUUUAAUCAACCGAGCCAACCACCUAAAAGUGCCAACAUUUCCUUAUUUAGGAAGAAUAAAUAACAUACGUUCUUUGAUUAAGGACUCUAUUCUACAGUCUCGACAAAUGGGCAAAAGAGAAAAUAAAGUGAUCAACAUUGAAGGAAGAAUUCAGUUUGAUUUAUUACAGAUUUUAGUUCGAGAUUACAAGCUACGUUCCUAUACUUUAAAUGCUGUGAGUUACCACUUUCUUCAAGAGCAAAAAGAAGAUGUUCAGCAUUCCAUCAUUACAGAUUUGCAGAAUGGCAAUGAUCAAACUAGAAGAAGAUUGGCUGUUUAUUGUCUUAAAGAUGCCAUGUUACCGCUGCGUCUCCUAGAUAAACUAAUGUGUAUUAUUAACUACAUUGAAAUGUCAAGGGUUACAGGAGUUCCUUUGACUUAUUUGCUUUCAAGAGGACAACAGAUUAAAGUUAUAUCUCAGAUUUUACGUAAAGCAGUGGAACAUGAUUUUGUUAUCCCAACUAUGAAGACAGAAGUUGGUGAAGAUUAUACCGGUGCAACUGUUAUAGAGCCCAUUAAAGGAUAUUACAGCAAACCAAUAUCAACACUUGACUUUUCAUCUCUAUAUCCAUCAAUUAUGAUGGCUCAUAAUCUUUGCUAUACUACUUUGCUUCAGUCCAUUGCUAUGCGAGAUCAAUUAGGUCCAGAUGGCUUUACCAAGACUCCCUCUAAUAAUUUAUUUGUGAAGAAACAUGUUCGAAAAGGGUUGCUACCUGAGAUUUUAGAGCAUCUUUUAUCAGCUAGGAAGAAAGCUAAAGAUGAUUUGAAGAAAGAAACUGACCCUUUUAGAAAGAAAGUUCUUGAUGGUCGACAGUUGGCUCUAAAAAUUAGUGCUAAUUCUGUUUAUGGUUUUACUGGUGCCCAAGUUGGAAAGCUUCCUUGCUUAGAAAUAUCACAAAGUGUCACAGCAUUUGGUAGAACAAUGAUUGAAAUGACUAAAGAACUUGUUGAGAAAAAAUAUACUAUUGAAAAUGGAUAUGCUCAUAACUCUCAAGUCAUUUAUGGUGACACAGAUUCUGUAAUGGUGAAUUUUGGUGUGGAUACUGUUAAAGAAGCAAUGAAAAUCGGACGAGAAGCUGCAAGCUAUGUUACAAGCCAUUUUGAUGAACCCAUCAAGUUGGAAUUUGAAAAGGUCUAUUUUCCAUAUUUGCUGAUUAAUAAGAAGCGAUAUGCUGGAUUGUACUUUACAAAGCCAGAAAUUCAUGAUAAAAUGGACUGUAAGGGUAUAGAGACCGUAAGAAGAGACAAUUGUCCUUUAGUUGCUAACCUAAUCAACACAUGUUUAGAAAAACUUUUGAUUGAUAGGGACCCAAAAGGUGCUACUGAAUAUGCAAAACAGACUAUUGCAGAUUUGUUGUGUAAUCGAAUCGAUAUAUCACAGUUGGUUAUUACAAAGGAGUUAACUAAAACGGAUAAGGAAUAUGCUGCUAAACAAGCUCAUGUAGAAUUAGCACACAGGAUGAAGAAACGAGAUCCUGGAAGUGCACCUAAUUUAGGAGAUAGAGUGCCAUAUGUGAUUAUUGCUGCAAGCAAGAAAACAGCUGCUUACCUGAAGUCUGAAGAUCCAAUUUAUGUGUUAGAAAACAACAUUCCAAUUGAUACUAAAUAUUAUUUAGAAAAUCAAAUUUCAAAACCCUUACUUCGAAUCUUUGAGCCUAUAUUAGGUGAAAAGGCUGAAUCAAUUUUACUUUGUGGUGAUCACACCAGAACCAAAAUUGUAGUAACUUCAAAAAUUGGUGCACUGUCUGCUUUUACAAAGAAGAGGAGCACAUGUAUUGGUUGUCGUUCUCUGCUUGACAAAGAAGAUGCACCUGUAUGCAAUCAUUGUGAAUGCAAGAAAAGUGAAAUUUAUCAAACAGAGAUGGCAUAUUUGAAUUCAUUUGAAGAAAAAUUUGCUCGUCUUUGGACCGAGUGUCAGAGAUGCCAGGGAAGUUUGCAUGAAGAAGUCCUUUGUACUAGUCGAGAUUGUCCUAUAUUCUACAUGAGAAAAAAAGUUCAAAAAGAUCUCAGUGAUCAAGAAAAAGUGAUUCAGAGAUUCGGGCAAAUUGACUGGUGAUAUAGGAUAAUUCUUACAUUUUUCCUGACAUCAUGUUUUAUUGUAUGUUAUUUGAAAUAACUUGUAUAUAGCAUG